AUGGACGUGCUGCAGAUUCCCCAGAUUAUCCAGCUUUUCGAGACCAUCCAGCACAAUAGGGCAAUACGUCUCAAGGCUUUUGUGCCGACAGCAGCAGAACUGUUGCAAAACGUCAAAUCACAAACCCGUUGGAAACAGUCUCAUCACCGCCGCCAUUUCACCAAUGAUCUUGCUGCUCUGAUUUCUUUUGAAAAGUUUCUUGCAAUCUCAUCUCGAUCACUGUUAUAUCCUCGAUUGUGUUCAUUGAUUCAAUUGACCCAACUGCAUUUAUGUCGUUAA